ACCUGUGAAGCUCUGUGGACCACCCCCUGUCUGUGAGGGAAGUGAUGUAAAUGCAAGGUCUCUCCCGGACAGCAGCUUAUAACUGUGAGAGAUGUGGCUCCUGUGAAGAGCCAGCACAGCCCGGAGGAGGGGAACCACUGUUAGUGUCACAGUCCCACCUCCCCAUUUCUCACAGCUCACCACAUGGUGACGGUGACAAACAGCACAGCAGCAUCACAGUUCAACUGUCUUCCACAAGGGCAGGGACCCAGGGUGGGCGCAGCCUCCUACAGUGACUGUGGCCCUCAGCUCAGUCUUAACGUUACAUCUCUGUGUCUUCACAGGCUUCAGUAUCAAUGGUUGGACCAUGGAGAUACCGGACAAGGUGAUGGGGAGGGAGGGGAAGCUCGUGGUUCUGUACUGCAAGUUUGCUCACCCUAACCAUCAAUACAAAGACAACAUCACCAUCAUCUGGAGAGAGGAGAAGACCCAGAAUAUCUUUUUCAAAUACACAAAUUAUCCAUCAAGCAACAAUUAUAAAAAUGAGAUUGUGGAUAAUGUAGGAGCUCGCUACAGACCAAUGGGGGACCCUCGGAAGAACGAUGCUUCCAUAAUCAUUAAUCAGCUGGGAACGACGGAUACAAACAAGAUCCUCAACUGUCGUGUUGAGCUCACGGGAGAAGCAGGAAAGUUUGGAAGGUCACAUGGGCGAAUCACAAUAUCAGGUGAUGUCAACGCAUCUAUGGUGAUCGGGAAGAGAGGACGUGGUGCCACACUGAACUGCAACUUCAAACACUCGAGAGCAAAUAGCAGGGUGAUCACUAUCCUCUGGAUGAAGGGGACUCCAUGGGAAGAGUCCGUUGUCUUUAAUCAUACCCGCUCCUACGGCACAAGCGGUCCCGGCACUGACAAUGUAAAUAGAGGAGGUCGAUAUGAGCUGGUGGGAAACGUAGACAAGGGAGACGCCUCCAUCAGAGUGAGGGGACUCAUGUUGAAUGACACCAACAACUAUUUCUGUCAUGUUUGGAUCUUUAAAUCCUCUAAGAAGGAAAAUAUUCAGGUGACUCAGGAUGAAACGGGACUACAGGUUUUGGUUGAUAAUGACAGAGCAUCCAUGGUGAUUGGGAGGAAGGGUGCGACUGCCACACUGCCCUGCUCCUUCAGUCCCUCGAACAGGAAUCCCAGCUCCAUCACCAUCAGCUGGAUGAAGGGGAAUCCACCAAAAUGGUCUGUUGUCUUUCGUGACACUUCUCCCCCCCCAGCAGCAAAUAACAUUCCGAAAAAUGUAAAUAAAGGAGAUCGAUAUGAUCUGGUGGGAAAUGUGGAGCAGGGAGACGCCUCCAUCAGAGUGAAGGGACUCAAACUGGACGACGCCAGUGAUUACACCUGUCACGUUUAUGUCAGGUAUUCAGCGUUGACGACUGUGACUCAAGAUGAGAUGAAACUGCAGGUUGUGGAUGGAAAGAAGAACACAUCCAUGGUGAUUGGGAAGAGAAGAGAUUCAGCCACACUGCCCUGCUCCUUCAGCCCCUUGAACAAGAAUCCCAGCCCCAUCACUGUCCGCUGGAUGAAGGGGAAUCCACGGGAAGAGUCCACAGUCUUUAAUCACACCCACCCCCACUCUGUGAACCCUCCCUCCACUGUCACUGUAAAGGGAGGAGGUCGAUAUGAGCUGGUGGGAAAACUAGACCAGGGAGACGCCUCUAUCAGAGUGAAGGAACUCAGACUGGACGACAGCAGUGACUAUUUCUGUUACGUUUGGGUCAGGAAUUCCACACAGGAGACGGUGACUCAGGAUGAGACUAAACUGGAGGUUGUGGUCCCAGCCACCAUCCUGGAGCUGUCCGUUGUGAGUGACAAUGUAACUGGAGAACGCACCCUUGUGUGCAGGGCUGAAGGGAAGCCCCCUGCAAACAUCACAUGGAUCGGCCCAGGGAACAGCUCACUGCCCGUGAACAUUAGUGAGAUGACAGUCACACAUGAUCCAGAGAAACUACUGACUGUGGGAGAGCUGCUUCACCUCACGCUGCCAGGGAAAUACACGUGUGUGGCUGAGAAUGAACACCAGAUGGACACGCGUGAGAUCCGCCUAUUCGAGGUUGGGGGAGUGUUGCACCCAGGCGUCUACAUUGGAUUACCCAUAUUGGCUAUUGGCCUGAUGGUAUUUGCUCUCAUCUCUUUGAAAAAAUGUUCGCAGCAGCGUGUGUGUUGUGUUGAUGCCAGCACGGCCAAUGGUCGGAAACCACAAGGACCAGAGCCAGGUUCACAGGAGCCUGAAGGGGAUCCUAUUUACAGUGUUGUUAAUUUAAACACAGAGACAAGAAACAGGGCAGCCACCCAGGCAGUCCCAACUCCGAGAGAAUUGGACAGGAAUGUUGAUGCCCUCAUUUACAGCAUUGUUCACAUUCAAAGCCGUUCUCGAGUAGGAGUGGAGAUAGGUAAGGAACAGUAAGCACACGGUGAGCUGUGAAACAACGUGGUGGUGUGGACGCCCCAUGUAAAAUAGUGUCCCCAACGGGCUGGGAGGCAAACCCUUGAUGUACUGACUAGAACCAUCCACUGGCACUGACAAUAUACACUGGGCUUCCCAGCGAGCCUGUGAUCCAGAGCUCUCCAUAUCCAACAUUCAGGGCAGGUGCAGCAAAGGCCAGACAUGGUGGAAGUAGUAAAAAAGACCCAGGACAUAGAGUUACUAGAGAUCCUGGUGUUGUUUAUUUUCCGCUUCCCACCAACGGGCAGCCAAGCGUUAGACCUGGAAGUACAAUGCUGUCUAUUCUGCAGUACGGUUCUGUACAGAAGCAGCGAGGGUUCUCUUGGGGCAUGCCACGUAUCAUAAUGAGUGGUGAAGAACAGUCUUGGCAAAAGAUGGACCACUAUAGAAGGGGCAAUCGGAACAGGCAAGAGACAGUGAUUAUAAAAGGUGGGGACUCAUAGACUCAUAGAGCACAGAGACAGGCUAUUUGGUCCAACUUGCUCAAGCCAACCAAAAUGCCUAUCCACACUUGUCCCAAUUGCCUGCAUUUGGCCCAUAUCCCUAUACACCUUUCCAAACCAAGUACCUGUCCCAUUGUUGUUUAAAUGGGAGUGGGUGGUUUGAGUGGUA